UUGCCAAAUAUAGCAAGAAAGUCGUUGAGUUGGUGACUAUUGCUAACUGCAAACAUGGACAUGACUUGGUGGGCUGGUCUGUCAGUGAAACCUCCCUCACAGCAGAGCAAUAGAGGACAGUGGUCGAUUUUUAGACCUUUGCUGAGGUCAGCAAGACCGGCAGAUGUGAUCGGCUUCAGUAUCAGCCAAUCAACGAUCUCCCAAAAUGAAGGCAAUUGAGGCUGAUUUAUUGGUACACCCCUUGCAAUUAGUAAAGCUUUUUUCUCUUUUGCAGAGCAUGGGACUGUGCAGAGCUAAAGUAACCCAGUUCCUGGGGGCCAAACAGUACUCCAAGGCCCCUGACGGAGGAUGGGGGUGGGUGGUGGCUGUGGCGUUCUUCCUGGUGGAGAUGUUCACAUAUGGCAUCAUUAAGAGCUUUGGGAUCUUCCUCCAGGACAUAAUGGAGGAGUUUGGUGAGACCAACAGUCGGGUCUCGUGGAUCAUUUCCAUCUGUGUGUUCAUCAUGGCCUUUAAUAGUCCUCUCUCCUCAGUGAUGAUGAACCACUUUGGCUUCCAGUUUGUUGUUAUGAUUGGAGGAUUACUAAUAUCCACUGGCACCAUUGCAACCAGCUUUACCAGUUCACUCAAUCAGAUAUACAUCACCUAUGGAGUAGUGACAGGUCUGGGCUACAGUCUGACUUUCCUGCCCACUGUGACCAUCCUGUCAAAGUACUUCAGCCGUCGGCGCUCUCUGGUCACUGCUCUGGCUUCUACUGGGGAGUCCCUUGCGAUGUCUGCCCUAGCUCCAGGCUUUUCUGUGUUAAGAGAUAAAAUUGGCUGGAGACGCACCAUGGCAGUGAUCGGAGCUCUGCAAAGCGUCAUCAUCGUCUGUGGUGCGCUGCUCCGGCCAAUCAUUAUUAAACCCAGAAUGCUCCAAAGCCCAAACAUUGACACGUCUUCCCCAAAGGAGCUGGAAGCACUCAAGAAACAAAAGAAUGUAGACAGUUUGGUUCUUGAGAACUUUGAGACGACUAAUGGUGUCCUGUCACUUAAAGACAGUUGUACACCAGAGGAGAAUACUUCACUGGACAAAGAGGCAAGGCUAGAGACGGCUCCAAACUCUCUGGAAAAAAGUAAAGAACCGGAAACAGAAAAACACAACAAAGAUGAUGAAAAAACGAUGUACCAAGAAGAAGGAUGCAACUCAGGCUGCACAAAGCAAUCUGCUGCAAAUUCUAGACUCCUAGACUUCUCCAUCCUCAAAGACUGCAGUUUUAUCCUCUACUCUCUGUUUGGACUGUUUGCCACUCUGGGUUUCUUCGCCCCUCCGCUCUACAUCAUCGAGCUGAGCGUGAACCGUGGCGUGGAGCGAGAGCAAGCCACCUACAUGCUCUCCAUCAUGGCCGUGGCUGAAAUCUUUGGACGAUUCGUCAUCGGGUGGGUCCUGUCCCAGAAUGUGUUCAAGACAAGGAAGCUCCUGGUACUCCUGAUGUGUGUGGUCAUGAUGACAGUGGACUUAGUGGGAUUUACGCUGGUGACAAAUUUUUACACUCUGGGUUUGUGCUGUGCUGUGUACGGGUUCUUCAUGGGAACCCUGGCAUGCACUCACAUCCCUAUGCUGGCAGAGGACGAGGUGGUGGGCGUGGAGAGGAUGUCAUCAGCUGCCGGUGUCUAUGUGUUCAUCCAGAGCUUUGCUGGACUGGGUGGGCCGCCACUUGGAGGUGUGCUAGUGGAUGUAACUAAGGACUAUGGAGCGGCGUUCUACUCCUGCGCGGUGGGAAUGGGACUGAGUGCUGUGUUCCUGGGACUUGUUAGACCUGCUAAAACAGGGUUGCCCUGCAGGAGGAGAAGCCCGAAACGCUCUGCAGUUGAACAUGAAAGGAACCCUGGCUACAAGGAGGUGAGAGGAGAGAAGAAACCGGACCAAACUCACACAGCACACGACUGCUCUGAGACAGAAGACAAAGGGAACGUCAGUCAGGAAGGAGUCAAGGAGGUCACAACUCAAUACUGAGCUGAAAAAACGCACAAGUAAAAGAACAAAUCAAGUGAAUGUAAGGGUAUACGGUGAACAGUCCAGGAUGCAGUAAAGAGAAGGUUCAACACUUAUGAGAGGGGAGUAGGCAUGGGCUGGUUACUGGUUUCAAGGUAUACCGCAAUAUAAAAAACAUCACGGUUUCAAAACCACAAGAAUUUUCCGUCAUACCAUUCUGGCGGUACAAGCGUGUUUUUUUUUUUGUCUGGUCAGAGAUAGAGCGGAGGUCAAAUCAAACCGGUCAUGUGUAGCUGCACUAUCACAACCAGUCCACCUUGUCUAAAAGAAUAAAGUCCACUUUAUGGAAGUA